AUGGAGCCAGAAUCCUUGCACAACAUGCUGCAGCUCCCGAAGGCGGUGGGCCGGCCGGCGGAGGAGGAGCUCCCACAAGGAGAAAAGAAGAAGUACCUGCCACCCACCUCGCGGAGGGACCCCAAAUUUGGAGAGCUGCAGAAGGUGCUGAUGGAGUGGAUCAAUGCCAAGCUCCUCCCGGAGCACAUCGUGGUCCGCAGCCUGGAGGAGGACAUAUUCGAUGGGCUCAUCUUGCACCACCUUUUCCAGAUGCUGACCGGGCUCCGGCUGGACGUGGAGGAGAUGGCUCUCACGGUCCCCAACCAGAGGCGCAAGCUGGAGGCCGUCCUGGAGGCAGUCAACCGCAGCCUGCGGGCAGAAGAUCAGUCGCUCAAGUGGAGCGUGGACGCCAUCUUCAACAAGGACCUGCUGGCCACCUUGCAUCUCCUCGUGGCCCUGGCCAAGCGCUUCCAGCCCGACCUGCCCCUCCCGACCAAUGUCCAGGUGGAGGUGAUCACCAUGGAGGACUGCAGAGGGGCCUGGGCUGGAGCUGUGGGUGGAGAUAUUGAGAGUCCGUGUCUCUACGCAUCAUCGUCACCCAAGCCAAUAUUUUCCAAGCGCCAUGAUUUCAUCGAAGAAGAGAGAGAUAAAACAGGGGGCUCCAUCACCGCCAGAAGGCCCCGCGCCGGCGAUCAGCCCGUCGGCUUCCCUGCUCCCCUCCGUGCUGAGGGAGUAUCGCAGGUGCACAGCAUCCUCAGGGAAAACCGUGGCCCCCCGCAGAAUGCCGAUGCCGACCGUGCAAGACCCGGCUCCUGCCCCACGCGGGGACUAGGUCUGCACAAUGUCACCCUGGCCCUGGAGCUGCUCAAGGACGAAGGCCUGCUCAGCUACCCCAUCAACCCCGAAGACAUCGUGAACAAGGACACCAAGAGCACGUUGCGUGUCCUCUACAGCCUGUUUCGCAAGCACAAGCUGAAAGAAAACGCAGACAGCACGCCCCGUGGAUCCCCGAAUUAACUGUCACUGCCCCCCCAAAGCUGCUUCUCUGAGCCUGCUUGCAGGACCCAAGGGAGGGCCCAAGGGCCACAGAGGGACCUCCCCCACCAUACAGCCGGCUGCCCUCUGUUUCCCUGUGCGUCUGUGGCACGCCUGCCCCUUCCCCCCAUCCCUGAUCCGCGUUUCCAUCCGAAUAUCUUUGAAUUCACUAGGCCUGGAUCUG